GGCAGAGAGAGAAGGAUACGAAACAAACACCAAGACCUUGGCAGAUCAAGGCCGAGCCGGAAGUUUUGAGCUUGUGUUUCCCCGGACCCGAACCCCCAAGAAUCGCUCUCGCUCUGCGCACGCGAACUCUUGAACCGACAACGUCUUCGAUCUCGAUUCUGACACUUUCACACCAGAAUCUACCAUAAACACUUUGCACAACUACCAAAGCAGUCUCAUACUACCACCCAAACAUUUAGCUAAACGACACCUCACUUCAAGAUGGAAUACUCGCCCUCCCCCAGCUCCAUCCGGCCCCAGCCGAUAGGCAUCUCCGGAACGUCCACCCCGUCAUAUUCGGGCAGCUCGACCCCGCUAUCAGGAUCGUUCUCUUCAGGAGCUGUCACUCCUGGAGGUUCGUCGUCGUUCUUUGGUCUCAAUCAUCAUCAUAGCCACAGCAAUCACGGUAGUCAUGGACAUCACGGACAUGGGCAUGGGCACCACGUCCCCCUGCCGAUACUCGACAUUCAGCUGGAUAACGACGAGAUCCUCCUCCGAGGUGCAGGGUCAGACUACAACCCGGCGCUCUUGAGCGGGAGGGUCGUCUUGAACUUGCAAGAGAGUACGAAUAUCAGGGAGAUUAGUAUGCGGUUGGAAGGCAAGGGCAAGGUCGUCUUUUAUGAAGCUGGAGCGUCGUCGGCCAAGAACCACCAUUACAACCACCCGAUCAUCACCCACGAAUGGAGCUUCCUUCCCGGCGAGAAAUCACACUACCACACCAUGAAAGCCGGCCAACACGUCUUCCCCUUCAACUUUACCUUCCCGGGAAACCUGCCCUCUUCCAUCCGGACUUAUCUGAACGACGCGGAUAUCACUUAUAAACUGAAAGCUACCGCUCACAGGUCGGCCUUCCAGCACAACUUCCAUGCGGCGAAGAACGUUACCGUGCUGAGGGGGUUCACGAACGAGGCUCUGGAGUACAAUCAGACCCUGGAGAUCGAGAACACUUGGCCUGGAAAGGUCAUGUACUGCCUCACCCUCCCCCACAAGGCCUACGCGGCCGGUGACGAGAUCCCCGUCAGCGUCAAAUUCAUGCCGCUGGCCAAGGGGACGAGGGUGACCCACAUAACCUCGGUCAUCAAGGAAUACACCCUCGUACAUACCAGGCACUCCAGUCAUCCAGAAGUCAGGGUGGCAGCGACUUGCAAGCACGAGCUCAAGGAGGGUCGUGCGUUCCGGGUGACGGAGAGAGGGUCGGAACCGGUCGCUCCGGCUCAUCACUUCCAAGGAGCCGGAGGGGAAUUCCAUGGGAUGAACAGCGCUCCCCCUAGUGCGCCUCCUAGUCCUAGACAUGGACCUACGCUCGUCCACGGACAUGGACAUGCGUCGGGAGCGCAGACGCCGAUGAGCGAUUUCUCAUUGAGUAGGGCGGGGAGUUUUGCCAACCUGACGAGCUUGGCAGCCGGUGCAAUGGGUGUGGGAUCUUCUACGGCAAGUUCUCAGACUCAAGGUUCGGGAAGUGCUAUGGGGGGUGGAUCGGGUAGUGGCGGUUACUUUGGGUUGGGAGGCGGAGGACGGGCUGGUGCUGGUGCUGGCGCAAGUUCGGCGGCCGUCACCCCGAUGGCGGGUCCCAGUGCUACGGGCCAGGUCGCAGCGUUCCCUGACGACAUGAGGGAACGUGGGGACGAAGAGGACAUCCUCAUCGGGGACGAAGAGAUCGAUACGAUGAUUACCAUUCCCGUACCUUCGUGGACCACGCCGUCUCACAACAUUCACCCGGUCUUCGUUACUCACAAGAUCAAGUGGUCCUGCGCCAUCUCGAACCCGGACGGACACGUCUCGGAACUCCGUUGUGCCCUGCCCAUCCACAUCCUCCCGCACGCGCUGCUCGAGGAAUCGCAAACGGCGACGAGCAGUACGAGGGCGUUGUUGUUCGGCGGGAUGCAGGAAGAGACCACGCACGUCGAUCUGCCCAGUUAUAACGAUCACGUAUAUGACCGGAUCGCCAAUGCCAACAACCAAACCCCGACCUCGGGGUACGUCUCGGCCGGUCAUAGGACUCCAGGUUCGGGAGGUAGGACGCCGGCCUCCGGUGGGGCCACCCCAGCUGGGUCUAGGGCGCCUUCGAGACCUGGGUCUCCUGUGCUUCGAGCUGCUGCCGCUGGAGGUUUGCCCACGCCCGGUGGCAUGGACAUUACAGAUGGAUUCCAUCCUGUCGACGACAUUCCACCUCGACCGGAGCUCGGGUGGGCUGAUAGCGAGCUCAUGAUGUCCCUCGGCGCACUCGCCCCUCAUCAGGGGUCCAACCCGAACUCUCGCGGCGGAUCUCCGCAUGACACGCCGCCCGACUCGAGAGGCCCAUCCAGGCCUACCAGUCGACUCGGUUUCCGAAGCGGGAGGAACAGCGCUGGAGGAAGUCGCGCUGGCAGUCGGGCUUCGUCACCGGAACGACCCAGCUCGACCGGUACGGUACAGGCAAACAACUCGAGCCUGGCAAACGGGACCGCUAGUAUCCGUCGACCAUUGCAUGAACGACGUCCUUCGCUCGGUGUUCCCGGUGGGUUGUUUAAUCUGGCUAGCGUCAAGCCGUUCACCGCCAUGAUGGGCAAACACCAUGGAUCACAUAGCGUACAACAUUCGCCCAAGUUGCAAGCCACUCAGGGGUCCAGCAACUUGCCUCGAAACGGAUUCUCGCUCGGUUCCCAUGCCGCGUUUACCAACCUCGCCGAAUCGCAAGCCAACGCUCGAGGGGAAAAUCUACCUGGUUCCGGUCCGGGCUCGGGGUCGACUACUGCAGCGCAUACGCCAUCGGCUCAGCCCGUCGUCGAUCCUCUCUCCCAGGUGCCGUCAUACGAGGUCGCUCGAGUCGGAUUCCUAGGAGGCGGAGUCACCCCGUUGAGCGCGGCGCCACCCGACUAUGCCGAUUCGGAUCGGUUCGAGAGGGCGAAGAGUGAGACGGAUCUCACUCAGCUCGCUCGAGACCACGCGGUCCAAGGGACGAGCUUGGCUGCCAUGCUUGAAAACCUGGACGUCAACGAUUCGACGAUCCGUUCGACGCCGAAUGAAGCACCGCUAUAAAACACGUCUUGGGUCCGAUUUCUCACUGCUACCACUUUGUAAUUCAUCUCGAAAAGGUCUCGCGCACACAAGAUGAUCAUGAUAUUAUCCAUCCAUCUAA